UCAGCUCCUUUGCUUAAACAUCAUUAACAUCAAAAGUUGCAAGAAGCAAACAAGCUACCUUAUUUUUCUUGAUGCAAUUACAUUUAUGCCCAUAACAAAGCUCAUCAACGACAGAUUGUCCCUUGCUGCAUUUGGUCAGGCAGUCCCUCCCCUUCUCUCCCCAUUAUACAAGUUCUAAUCAGCUGCAACCCCCACAAACACCUCCCAACCAAUCAUUCACAAACACCUUCCAUCUGUCUUUUUUCUCUGUCUCAAGAUCCCUUCCCCUAACAAACAAGUACAAGUAGCUUGAAAUGCACAGAUUUGCUUCAAACCCCUUGUAGAUUCAACUGUCUCAAAUUUACUCAAGUGUUUCUCAUCAACACUGCAACUUUGCCAACUUUUUGACAGCUUUCUCUUGUUCUUAUGUUUUUUGGCAUAGAUCCUCUGUGUCUUUCUGUACUCUUUACUUUGUGUUCAUCUGCCUUCACUUCUGCAGUUUGAAGAAUUCCAAGUAUUUAUUUGGACUUCUUGCGGUUAUGAAAGAUAAGCAGCCUUUCUGAGAUUCUUCUCCAUGUGUCAAAAGCAUUCAGAUUCUCCACUUCUUUGUACAUCCAUUCAGUUCUUCUACCCCUUUCAUCCAUUCUGAUUCUGUUAGAAGAGCAAUGAUGAACAGAGAAAUGGGACUUGAUUCUCCUGCAUCUUCAUCGAAUUGGUUGUUUGGCGAGGACAAGGUGACUAAAUGGACUGCGGAGGAGAACAAGAGGUUUGAAAACGCUCUUGCUUUGUUCGACAAGGAUACUCCGGAUCGGUGGCACAAUGUGGCUGCCAUGAUCCCUGGAAAGACUGUCAGCGACGUGAUCAAACAGUACAAGGAAUUGGUUGAAGAUGUCAGUGACAUAGAAGCAGGGCUGAUACCAAUUCCAGGAUAUGGUAAUACUCCUUUCACUUUGGAGUUGGCGAGUGAUCCAGAUUAUCAGGGGGGCUUCAAACAACUUUACAGCCCAGGUGGGAAACGGAACACUUCGACUCGGUGUCCUGAUCAUGAAAGGAAAAAGGGAGUGCCUUGGACUGAGGAAGAACACAGGCAAUUUCUCUUGGGGCUGAAAAAGUACGGAAAAGGAGACUGGCGAAAUAUCUCUCGCAAUUUCGUGACCACGAGGACUCCCACACAAGUUGCUAGCCAUGCUCAGAAGUAUUUCAUCAGGCAGCUUUCCGGAGGGAAAGAUAAGAGGAGAUCAAGUAUACAUGACAUCACAACUGUCAAUCUUAACGAAACUGCAUCUCCUUCUCAAGACAAAGGAGGGCCUCGUGCUGAAGAUAAAUCACAUUUGGUUGUGGAGAGGCAACAAAAUUCAGAUGUAAAUGAUAUGGUCCAAGGAAUGUAUAAUUCAUACCAGACCGAUCCAGGAGCAAUGAUGGGGUUCAGCCCACCAAAUAGCAGCUUAAUGUUCACGCAUCUCCAAGGGACGACUCCGUUUGGGCUAUAUCUGCAUGAACAUCAUAUGAGGAGCAAUGAUCCACAUGGAGUCCUGUUAGAACAUCACGGUUCAAAUUUUCAGAUCCAUUCGACCAGACAUCUCUGAAUUCAGAGUUGGUUGGUUCUUGCUCAAGAAGUUGUAAUAGAUACACAGAGCACGUACCAAGUAGUAUACUAAGUCGUCCAUUUGUCUUAAAACCAUUUGAGCUGGUAUUGAGCUAUCAAGAAUUGUGGAUUUUGGCAAAAUCAACGCGGUAUAUAUUCCUGUCCUUGGUUGGCAGGAAAUGAUGAAGAGUAGUUUGGAGGUUGGCUGAGGGAGUUCAGACUACUUAAUCUCUGAACACAUUCUGAGGUUCUCAUCCCUGAGUGGGUUCAAAUAAUUGUAAGCUCAGGUUUGCCUUAGAGAGCAUCUUAAGUCAAAAUACUCCCUGCAAUCACGUAGAAUAUGGAACUUAAGUCGAGUUAUUAGUUCCUCUAUGACCUUCGUAAAGUUGGUAACACUAUGGCCUUCAGACAUGAAUCUAAGAGAAUCACCAUCAACCCUGUUUAGCCUUAAACAAGUAAUUACAAGCAUGAAGCAUCCCACAAAUCAACGGUAUGCUUACAAGCAGCGACAAGUGUCCAGGAAAACGCGAUACUGCUGUUCAAUUUAAAGCACUCUAACGCACAAGCUUACCUUUUUUGUCAUGGCACUCUGUGGUUACUAUUUCCAUUGCGGUUGCAACAGAAUGAAUCUUGAAAAGCCUAUCAUCCACCACUUUGUUUCUGCAAUUUGGUUCAGGUCCCACCCACUACCACUAGCAAAGAAUUCCAGGCAACAAGAGCAGCAGCACUAUUUCUGCUAGCUCUUUUGGUAAAUGACAAACUAACCCCACUUUCUUUUUUCCAAUGGAGCAACUUUAUUG